UCCCUCCUCCCGCUUGUUCUCCGAGUGUACUCGCCAGCAAAGCGACCGCUUCCUGGGGAGGUGUCGGUGGGUCGGUUGGUGUGUCUUCCAACGUCAGUGUCCGUGCCGUUGAACUGUCCGCCAUGGCUGAGAUGGAUCCGUUUGGCGCCCCCGCCGGCGCCCCAGGCGGCCCCGCGCUGGGGAAUGGUGUGGCCGGCGCCGGCGAAGAAGACCCGGCCGCGGCCUUCUUGGCGCAGCAAGAGAGUGAGAUUGCGGGCAUCGAGAACGACGAGGCCUUCGCCAUCCUGGACGGCGGCGCCCUCGGGCCCCAGCCGCACGGCGAGCCGCCGGGGGGUCCGGAUGCUGUUGAUGGAGUAAUGAAUGGCGAAUACUACCAGGAGAGUAAUGGUCCGACAGACAAUUACGCAGCUAUCUCACAAGUGGAUCGAUUGCAGUCAGAGCCUGAAAGUAUUCGGAAGUGGAGAGAAGAGCAAACGGAACGCUUGGAAGCUCUUGAUGCCAAUUCUCGGAAGCAAGAAGCAGAGUGGAAAGAAAAGGCAAUCAAGGAGCUUGAAGAGUGGUAUGCAAGGCAGGACGAGCAGCUACAGAAAACAAAAGCAAACAACAGGGCAGCAGAAGAAGCCUUUGUAAAUGACGUUGAGGAGUCUUCCCCAGGCACUGAAUGGGAACGGGUGGCCCGGCUGUGUGACUUUAACCCGAAGUCCAGCAAGCAGGCCAAAGAUGUCUCUCGCAUGCGCUCAGUCCUCAUCUCCCUCAAGCAGGCCCCCCUGGUGCACUGAAGAGCCGUCCUGCGGAAACACUACAUCUGCAAUAUCUUAAUCCUACUCAGUGAAGCUGUUCACAGUAAUUGGAUUAAUUAUGUUGAGUUCUUUUGGACCAAACCUUUUGUCUUUAGAGUUGAUCAUUGUUUGUGAUUGCAUGUUUCCUUCAACUGUGUUCUCCCUGGCAUUCAGAGAGAGUGGGGGAGGAAGAGGAAGAAGGGAGGGAAACCUCCCAACAGUAGCCUCACCUGUGCUUUUGUGCAUUUUUCUGAGAAUAAAUUUCUGUUCAAACAGUAAACAUGAAGCUUCCUUAUUGGCCUCAAGGUGUUCUGUAGUUUGGAGUGAGGUUUGAAGGAAUGAGGAAUUUCUUUUGUCAUUCCUAGAGCUGAGGAGGCACAGCCAUUGAGCUCCCACCCGUCUUGAACUAAAACAUAAAACAGUCCCAGGUAUCUAUUUUCUUCAGUAGCAUUCUGUGGAAAUUUUUCAUUUCAAAAGGGGUUCCAUGGCUAAAAGGCAACCCCUCAUUGCCCCUAACACAUUAGCUGUGAAUCCUCUCACCAAUCUAGACAGUUUUUCCAGAUAGGCUCUUGUCACUGUCCCUUAGUGUAGGGUCUUAGGCAAUGUGUUUCAGCAGGGGUCUCUCUGGGGUAUGUAGACUAUACCAAAAAAAAAAAAAAGUUCCCCUCAAGUCGAUUUCGACUCAUAGUAACCCUGUAGGACAGAAUAGAACUGCCCCAUAGGAUUUCCAAGGAGUGCCUGGUGGAUUCAAACUGCCCACUUUUUGGUUAGCAGCCAUAGCUCUUACCCACUAUGCCACCAGGGUUUAUGUAGACUAUAGUAGGACCGUUAUUCCUUUGGAUUCAGCCAGUAAACCUCAGUCAGGAUGGCAUUAGCGUGUGGCUAGCCCCAUUAUCUUAAUUCCCUUAGCAUGUGUGGGGGUCUGUGCCGUGCUUAGCACUUUGUUAAUAUUUCUAUUGUAAAAUCAUCUAGACGUGUGCUGUCCAAUACAGUAGCCAGUAGCACAUGUGACUAUUUAAAUUCAGUAUGAAAUUAAAAAUACUUUUCUAGCCCUAGUCACAUGACAUGUGCAAUAGUGACAUGUGGUUAGGUGGCAUCCAGAGUGAUUAGCACAAAUAAUACAUUUCCAUCAUCACAGAAAGUGCUAUUGGAUUGUGCUGACAUACACACCAGGUGUGUCCACUAGACUUCUCCAUUCAGGUAUCAAUGCAAUCAUUAUCUACCCACAGAACCUGCCAUAGUACCUGACAUCUUAGGUGGUAGUUUAAACAACUAAUAUACCUCAUUUCAGAGAUCUGCUUAUGUUGUGUGCUGUCAAGUUGAUUCUGACUCAUAGUACUCUACAGGACAGAGUAGAACUACCCCAUAGGUUUCCUAGGUUGAAAUCUUUAUGGGAGCAGAUUACCAGGUCUUUUCUUCCAUGGAGCAGCUGGUGUGUUCAAACCACCAACCUUUGGGUUAGCAGCUGAGUGCUUAACCAUUGUACCACCAGGGCCUCUUGUUCUGCUUAUAGUCACCUGAUAUUAUUCCCAAAUUGGAGACUGAUUUAAAAACUCCUCAAUACCACUCAGGAUAGGGGUUAGGUCUUGUCAUUGCCAAGAAGGAAAGUCCAAAUCUCUUCUAUGUUAAUCAUGUUCGGUGGGGAGGGAAGCUUCCAUUAUUUUUCUUCCUUCCUUCCCCUUAGUUUGGCAUUUAAUCUGGCCUCUUUGCCCAUCCCCCCCCCCCCCGCCCCUUUAUCUACCCAGUGCAGCCAAACACUGUUGUUCAUGGAUCAUUUAACUUCAGGGUCUUGCUAAUGGUAUUCCCAUUUCCUACCAGCUACAUGUCAAAAUCCAAUUCAAGAACUAACUUAAAGGCCACCUCCACGAUGCCUUUCUUUACUCCCCUUGACCCCAUGAACUCCGAUGACCCUCUUUACUUGGUAUCGUCUUGUGGUGUCGUCUGGAUCCAUAUCUUACCUUCCAUACCAGAUGGGCUUAUUGAGAGUGAAUGUGGCAGUUUUAAAAUGUCAACAAAGUCACUGUCAUUCACCAGACCAAGAGGUGACUGGACAAUAUGGGAAAAGUGAUGCUCUGUGACUUCUAAGGCUAGGUUGUAAAAGGCAAUGCAGCUCAUGCCUGGUUUGCUAGAACACACCUGAUGGUAACACUGAGCCACCAUGUAAAAAGUUUUACUGUCCUCAAGUCACCAUGCUGUGAGGAAGCCCAAACUGGCUUGCAUAGAGACCAAAUGGAGAGGCCGGGAAACUAUAUGCAGAGAGAGGUCUGGCCAGUCCCUAGGUACUCUAGCCUCCUGCUGUGCCAGCUUCAGCCACUGUCUGACUGCACGUGCCCAAGACACCCUGAGCCAGAACUGCAAGUGGCCUUUUCCAAAUUCCUAAGCCACACAACUAUUGUUUAAGCCUCUUAAAUUUUGAGGUUUUCAGUCACCUCCUAUGCAUGUGAAAGCUGGACAGUGAAUAAGGAAGACUGAAGAACUGAUGCCUUUGAAUUACGGUGUUGGCAAAGAAUACUGAAUAUAUAUCAUCGACUGCCAAAAGAAUGAACAAAUCUGUCUUUGAAAAAAUAUAGCCAGAAUGCUCCUUAGAAGCAAGGACUACCUCUCACAUACUUUGGACAUGUUAUCAGGAGGGCUAAGUCCCUGGAGAAGGACAUCAUUCUUGGUAGAGGGUCAGCAAAAGAGAGGAAGACCCUCAACAAAAUGGACUGAUGAUACAGUGGCUGCAACAAUGGGCUCAAGCAUAACAAUUGUGAGGAUGGUACAGGACUAGGCAGUGUUUCGUUCUGUUGUACAUAGGGUCACUAUGAGUUGGAACUGACUCGACAACAGUUAACAAGUUUUGAGGUAGCUUGCUACAUAGCAAUCAUAACUUGAGAUUGUCUCUCGCAUCUACCAAUUGUAACUUCAAGUUGUUUCUCACACCUAUAUUACCCAUGUAAGGCUUCAUAAAAAGGGGGGAGUUGGCCCAGGAACUAUGUGGGUGGCUCGACAUUGAGUUUCAAACCUCUUUUUGGGGCCACUUUGGUAUUCAUGGAACCCUGGUGACAAAUAGCUCAGAGCUUGGCUGCUAACCAAAAGGUCGGCAGUUCGAAUCCACCAGUGCUCCUUGGAAACCCUAUUGGGCAGUUCUACUCUGUCCUGUAGGGUCACUAUAAGUUGGAAUCAACUCAACAAUGGGUACUAGUAUGGGUUUGCUAUUCAUGUCAAGUUUUAAGUGUUAUAUUACAAUGCUGUCUCCUUAUUAAUUGGAUUUUUUUGGUUAAGAAAUCAAUGCUAUUAGGUACCUUAAAGAAAUUAUGGAACCUUCAACAUACGUAAUAAUAUAAAUCUCUUCUGGAAAGGGAGAUGCUUUUAUCGAGUUAAGUACAAAACAAAACAGUGUUAGAAUUUCCACAAAGAAAAUGUAUUUAUUUUUUCUUUAGAAUUGUGCUCAAAAAUUAACAUAUUUACAUUAAAAUAAAUUAAGACUUUAAUUUAC